AUGGAGGAAGAGUCCAAAUCUCUGCAGUACACACCGACGUGGGUGGUUGCUGCUGUCUGUUUUGUCAUUGUUGUCGCCUCCAUUUUUGCUCAGCGCGUUCUUCAUGAACUGGGAAAGGUAUGUUAUAUAUUCCUUGUGGUAUCUUUUACACUCCAGCUAGAAAUUCCUGACUUUUGGUGGUUGGUUUUUGGUUUGGAAAUUCAGUUCUUGAGGAAUACGAAGCAAGAUGCAUUGUUUGAAGCCUUAACAAAAUUAAAAGAAGAAUUGAUGGUUUUAGGGUUCAUUUCCCUUCUCCUAACAGUUACCCAAAAUUCAAUAAGCCGCAUAUGCAUCCCACCUCAUCUUGCUACCACCAUGCUGCCAUGCAAGAGAGAAACUGGGAGCAGCAACCACGAAAAAAUUUAUAAUCGAGCUAUAAAUCGACGUCAGCUACUAUCUGCAAGUGAUAGUGCAGAAAAGUGUGCUCGAGAGGGGCAGGUUCCAUUGGUGUCUGUGGAAGCAUUGCACCAACUGCAUAUUUUCAUCUUUGUGCUGGCAGUUGUCCAUGUCAUAUUUUGUGCAUCUACAAUGAUUCUUGGAGGGGCAAGGAUACGACAAUGGAAGAAAUGGGAGGAUUCGAUAAGACAUCCAUCAAGAACAGUCCCAGAUCUAGCUAAGCAACAUCAUGAAAACCUUUUUUAUCUCCAGUUCAUUAAAAAACACGAAAAAGGAUAUUGGAGAAGGUCAGCUGUUUUAAGUUGGCUGACUCACUGCCCCCAGGUGAUUAAUUUUGAUUUUCACAAGUACAUGAUGCGGACACUGCAGAUUGAUUUCAAGAGAAUUGUUACCAUAAGUUACACAGACACAUUUGAAGGGUUUAUUUGGCAUGUUUUGAGGAAUGCAAUGAUAUUGGAUGCAAGCCUAACAUUAUCGAGCUGGGUUGAAUGGCAGCUUUUGCUACUGGUGGGCGCCAAGUUAGAACACAUAAUCACCAGUUUAGGCCACAGGGUGACUCAGAAGACGCCAGUUGUUGUUGAAGAAGCACGAGUACAGCCUUCAGAUGAACAUUUCUGGCUUGAGAGCCCCGCCAUUAUUCUUGACUUGAUUCACAAUAAAAGUGCAUUUGCAGUUCUGAUUAGUUUGCUCCCUCCUCUUCCAGAGCACAUACGGAUUCAAUUCAUGCAUCAUGGAAAGAUUGGGCUACCUUGUGCCACGGCUUAUUAUGGGAUGGGCACCAAGUUCAGGAAAGGCAUGUUUGGUGAGGACGUGUACUCAGCAUUAGAAGGUUGGGCAGGCCGCUCAGCAAGGACCUGGAGGGACCCAAGCGACCACCACGGAGCACAGACGGAUAAACUAGCCACAGAAUCAUCUCAUAGCGCGGGACAAGAAAUGGUUGUCAUUGAUGGAAGCACAGGCACUAUAACUGAGCUUUCUCCUGUGACCCAAGCGCCUGCAUCUUGA